UUGAGUUACGUAGGACACACAAGUCCUGAAGUUCUAGAGCAGUUUGGCCAUGCAUUAAAUGAAGCAAUUGGUCCCCCUCCAACUCUGCCUAUUGAAGCCCAGCAUGAUGCUAUCUCAACCAUCCUAAACCAGCGUAAUGUUGAAAGCGAAUUUUUCAGCAGACACUCUUCUGAUCCUAACAUGGUAUGUCCAAGUGGCCACUGUCCCACUCCAGUAGAGUCAAGAUCAGCAUUCCAGCAAGGUCGACUUUUAUUUGAUCAGCUGGGUCUAGGCUCAUGGGAGAAGCGGAGGUCCAUUUACACACUUAAGAAAAAUGACAAACUAUUACGAGAAUUAAAGAAUUUAGAUAACCAGAAAUGCAGGGAAACUCACAAACUGGCUGUGAUAUAUGUGGCUGAAGGUCAGGAAGAUAAGAUGUCUAUCCUAAGUAACAGUGGAGGUUCUGCAGGCUUUGAGGAAUUUGUAGCUGGUUUGGGCUGGGAAGUGGAACUGGCAACACACACAGGUUUCCUAGGUGGCCUUCAGCGUAAUGGUUCCACUGGUGAAACUGCUCCUUACUAUGCUACAUCCUUAACUGAAGUAGUCUUCCAUGUGUCUACUCGCAUGCCAUCAUUUUCUGAGCAGAGCAUGCUGCAAAAGACUCGCCACUUGGGCAAUGAUGAGGUUCACAUUGUAUGGUCUGAACACAUACGUGACUAUCGGAGAGGCAUCAUUCCAACUGAAUUCUGUGAUGUACUGAUUGUUAUUUACCCACUGCCUAACAGGCUCUACAGAAUACAGAUUUCUACUAAAUCUGAUGUUCCAUUUUUCGGACCUUUAUUUGAUGGAGCAAUUGUUGCUCACAAGGUCCUGCCAGGGCUGGUGCGUAGUACAGCUAUAAAUGCUUCACGUGCAAAACGUAGUCGACUGGCCCUUUAUCAGAAUUUUUAUGAAGAGCGAUCACGGGCACUAGACACUAUCAUAGAACAGUACAGUGAAGCUACAACCUUUGAAGCAUUCAUCUCAUCAGUUUACUGUCCCGUCUUCCCAGCAUCCUUUACUUCAGGACCUACACGUGCAUCAGGAACAUCAUUCUCUUCCCGGGUGUUUGACUCCAACUUAGGUGGAUUUGGUGGCGGCACAGGUGUCUCAGGUCUGGCAGCGGCACUUCUUGAUGGACCCCAGCUGCCUCCUGGCCCGCCUCAGCGUCCUCCACUCACUCGCCCAACCAGUUACUCCACGGGAGAGCAACAUCACCUUCGGGAAAAAGCACGAAAGGUUCGGCAAAUGCUUGGAAGCAUUCGUCGCAACUCUGCAUAUAGCAAGAGCUUCCCCGUUCCUCAUGCGAAACUGAACAACAAUUACAGCCAGCAGUGCUGCGAGUCUUGUCAGACAACAGAUAGGUGUGUUGUAUGGAGUGUGUGUACUGUGGUGUGCAAAAACCUCCUUAACAAUACAUGUGCAUGUAGACUGAGGUUGGGAGCAAGCUAACCGCCAUUAACCUUGCAUCUCUGCACGUUGCCUUUGAAACAGUGAAUUAUAGUUUGCCCAGAAAACUAAAGUUUCUGGCAUUAGAGUUACCCUGAAAUCAGUAGCUCAAGAUUUAGUAACCCUUUUUUUUAAAACCCACUUACCUAAUCUAUUCAGUGCUCUUAGAUUUUGAACUGCUGUUGUAUGAAAUGAUCUCUUGCCAUCAAGUAUGAAGACAAAAGCUGCAGAACAAAAAAAGACAGUGUUUCACAAAGUGAAAGACAGUGCUUCACAAAAUGAAAGACAGUGUUUCACAAGGUGAAAUACUGUCUUUGUUUAUCAUCUUGUUUGUCUGUCUGCAUAAAGAGUUCUUACUGGAGUGAAAAUUAUUGUACAGCUGACUGUCAUUUAACAUGGGAAUUACAUUCCUGAAAAUGGCAUGUAAUAAAAAAAAUAUGUAAAAUUAACAGAACAUAUGGGAAAAAUAUGGUUAUGUUCCUUACACUCGCAAAAAUGGCAACAAAUUUUUUUCUUUUAUAAUUUUUGUAAUUUGUCAAGACUCAAAAAUAAUCAUGUCAUGUUCAUUACAUUAUAGUUGUUAUUGCUUGUUGCUAUAAAAAUGUGUGGGAAGGGUUGAUAUGACCCAGUACAAUACCUGUACAAACAUAUGAUAGGCAGUUCUACAACUAUUACCUGUUACAACUUUCACCUGAUAUCACCACAACCACAGUCACUAAAAGUACCAUAUAUUACGAGCCAUAAAACAAAAUUUUUUACUAAAUAAAUAUGUCCAGAAUAAUACCCACCAUAAUAUGAGAGCAUAUUUGGUAACUUUGGGGUCCCAGGGGUGAAUGAUAAUGGAAGAGCCUUUAAUUGAAUUUUGUAUAGAAAAAAGUUUGGUAUUAGGUAAUAAAUAUUUAAAGAAAGAGAGGAUAAAUAAGUACAUGAGAUGAGAUAUAGAGCAUAAUAACUACAGCUUGUUAGACUACAUAUUAGUAGAUAAAAGGUUUAUGAGUAAACUUCUACACAUGCAUGUUUUUAGAGGGGCAAUAAAUAUACUGUGGAACCUCAAAUAUCGAACUGCUCCCAACUCAACCAAUUAUGUAAGUGUAUUUUUGUAAGUGUUUUUAUAAGUGUAUUUUUAAGAGUCUGAAAUGAACUAAUCUAAUUUACAUUAUUCCUCAUGGGAAUAAAUUCGUUCAGUAACAGCCCCCCAACAGCCGUCUGCAACAAAGAAAGUUCGAUAUUUGAGGUUCCACUGUAUGUAUAUAUAUAUAUAUAUAUACAGUAGGGCCCCACUUAUACGGCGGGUUAAGUUCCAGGCUGUUGCCAGAAAACAGAAAUCGCCGGAAGGCAGAAUGCCAUUUUUUUCCAUUUAUAAAUGCUUAUAAAUGCCAGACAACAAGUUUACACUAAAUUAUAUUAAGUUAGUAAUAGAACUAGGCAUUAAAAACACACAAAGUAAAAUACAUUCACAGUAAAUUCAUUACUUACCUUAAAGUAUUUAUAAUCUUAAUGUAGGGAGAGAGGUGAGUAGUACUUAUUUGUAGGAAGUCAGGUGCAGGUAGCCCAGGUGUAGGUAGCACUGGCUUCCCGUCUCAUAUUUAAUAUACGAUAUUUAAAACAUCCCAGAGAGGUAAAAUACACAUACAGUACACUCAUUAUUUACCUUAAAAUAUGUGUAGUCUUAAUAUAGGAAGAGAGGUGAGUAGUAUUUAUUUGUAGGAAGUCAGUGUAGGUAGCCGGUAGGUGUAGCCCGCCUGGGCUACACCUACAGGCUACCUACACUGUGGCCCAGAGCCAUAUUAUUAACAUCGACAUGCCUUGUUCACUGAAUUUAAUCAUUUCUAACAACUACCUUUAGAUGCCAUCAUAAACGAAGGUAGAAGUAAUGAAUAAUUCAUGCCAAAAAUUGUAAACAAAAGCGGAGGGAGUGGCUGGGCCAAACGCAGAUUCAUACACGUUUUCUCUGAUGGCAGAGCAGAGAAAACGUAAUGUUGUCCCUCCAACCAGCUACCACACAGCUUCACAAGUAUUAUUAUCAGAGCACACAUAAAAUAUGCAAUAAAUGCCAGACAACAAGUUUACACUAACUUAUAUUAAGUUAACAAUAGAAAUAGGCAUUAAAAACACAGUAAAAGGUAUGAUACACACAGAGUACACUUAUUACUUACCUUAAAAUAUUAAUAUUAAUGUGUGAGAGGUGAGUGGCAGGGUGUUUAUUGAAUAAAAUCAGAAUGGCACACCAUCAUCCUCUAACUUGGCACUUAAAGCAAGAGGCUUACGACUUAUCUUUUUAUUACAGCUAACCUUAGACACCAUCGUCAAUGAGAGCCAACUAGUUAACGAAAGAGUAAACGAGAGAGAGAACGAGAUACAGAGUUGAGACAAUGUAAGAACACAAACUGAACAGGUAGUGGACGAUCACUUGGUCAGGCGAAAUAAAUGCCUAUUAAUAUGUGUCUACUUUUUGUUCAUUCAUGUCCAUUUGUAAGAGUUUGUAAAACAUUUACCUCAAUAUUUUUUUAUUAUAAUAAUAAUUACCUCACUAUACAAAUACUCUUACAUUGUGUACAAGUUGUACAAGUUAGCUCAGAAUAAACAAAUAGCAACACACCAUUUUUAGAGUGAAUGAAGAUAAUAAUAAUCCUAGGUAGUAGGUUGGUAGACAGCAACCGCCCAGGGAGGUACUACCGUCCUGCCAAGUGAAUGUAAAACUGAAGCCUGUAACUGUUUUACACGAUGGUAGGAUUGCUGGUGUCUUUUUUUUUCUGUCUCAUACACAUGCAAGAUUUCAGGUACGUCUUGCUACUUCUACUUACACUUAGGUCACACUACACAUACAUGUACAAGCAUAUAUAUACACACCCCUUUGGGUUUUCUUCUAUUUUCUUUCUAGUUCUUCUUGUAUAUUUCCUCUUACCUCCAUGGGGAAGUGGAACAGAAUUCUUCCUCCGUAAGCCAUGCGUGUUGUAAGAGGCGACUAAAAUGCCGGGAGCAAGGGGC